AUGAGUGAAGAAGAUUUCAAUUCUCCCGGAACAGUUGCAGUUCGCCCAUAUCAAGCCCCUCCACAACCACAGACUGUUGAUCCUGCUCUUGAUUCAAAAGCAAUGCAAUUAGAAACAGAAAUUCGACAACAAAAUUCAUCAAUUAAAUCGAUAUUGGAAAGUUUAAAGCACAUGGAAUCAUCACAAUUACCAGGCAUGGCUACUACACUACAAAAUUUGCGUACUUCGAUUGAGAGAGUCGUUGUUGCAGACAUACCUAAUGCUGUUAAACCAGUAGAAGAUGAUGUAACACGCGUUAGACAGAAAUUUGAUAAGUUUUCUGGCGAAGCACAAAACAAAUUGCAGUUUUUGAAUGAAAAACUCGCAGAUGCAUCAUCAAAUAUCGGUCAAGUUCUUCAGAGAUACGGAGACUUAACAACAACAGCACGCACAUCUGUUGCUGAAAUCGACGCUGAACUACAAAGGCAGAGAGAUACUCUUGAUAAUGCUACCGCAAGAUUACAUGGCUUAGAAGCGGGAAUGGGACAGGCAGAUGAGAUUCUUCGAUCUCUUAGAACAGAAAUACAGAACUUAACACGUGCUUUUAAUGAAAAAUUAUCACAAUUUCAAGGUGAAACUGUUGCAUCGUUUGGAUCUACCUCUGCAUCGCUCGGAGCCGCCCUUAAGAACGAAUCUAAGGUCAGGCAGCAAACAAUGCAACAAAUACAGAAGCAAGUUAAUGACGUGAAUCGUCAAACAACAGAUGUUGUUUCAAAAAUGUUGACAUUUUUAACAACGACAAAGAAUCAGUACCAAACAUCCUUAAUGGCCUUAUCAAAAGCUGCUAAAGAAGGUCUCAUCUCCUGCAGUGCUUCCUCAGCUGAUGGUUUCUCCCAAUUGGCUGCAAGAAUGGAUCAAUUUGUCGCAGAUUCGAAUGCCCAGUUUUCAACAUUGGAAAGUGAUGUAAAUUCAACAAUUCAAGCUCUUAAAAACCAUAUAGUUACAACAAGCCAAGGCUUAGAGACAGCGCUAAGCUCUGUAUCGCAAGCACGUCUAAACAGUGAACAAGAUAUUGUUGCUCGUUAUGAUGAGUUGAAGACUAAUUUAACACAACAAUUACAGCAACAAUCCGAAAGAAUGGGAAAUCUAGUGAACCAAACAGUAACUAACUGCACAGCAGAACUUGAUAGAAUCACAGGAACAGUUAAAGCCCAAUUGGCUGAAGUAAGAAGCCAAAUUGAAAGAGUUCAGAGAUUAGAAGCAAGAUUAAAUGCUGUAAACAAUGCAGCUGUUGCAACUAGAUCUCAACUUGCAGAACAGAUAUCACAGAUAUCGCAAAGAUAUACUGAAUUAACAACUUCUGUCGAAAAAUUACAAAAUGAUUUCAGAAAAAAGGUCGAUGAAUUUGAUACAAGGAUAGAAUUCUUCGAGGCUCCGGAGAAUAGACCAAACUAUGCGACGAAAAAGGAAUUAUCUGAUGUAAUACAAAGAACUCAGCAAAUGUUUGAUGGAAGGUUUGAAGAAAUUGAGCAACAAAUCGGCCAAGUGUUCGCGCAUAUCUCCGAACUUACUCUAAAACAGCCGAAGAAGCCUUCUUCUUCAGGUGAACCUGGAGCUGAAAUGUUGAGCAAACUUGUUAGUGAACAAAACAAAUAA